UCAUGGUGAGGAGCGUUGGAUUUCUAGCUAAGAAUUAGCCAGAAAAGCGUCUGGAUGCGGACUCUUUAGAAGUUUUCGGUCAAAUUUGGACUCUACCGCCACUGGGAAAACACUACUCUCCAGACUUGCAAACCUAACUUCAUUUAGGGUCUGCGAAUAGGAACGUGAGGGUAAAACGGAAACAUGGUCCAUCUCUCAUCCUUAUUAUUAAAAAAAUAUCAUGGAGGACAUGUUGUCAUCCGACUUGCCCUUGGAGGAGCCACCAACAGACCAUUCUACCGAAUUGUGGCAGCCUACAACAAGCGAGCACGAGAUAGCAAAUAUAUUGAACAGCUGGGAUCAUAUGACCCACUUCCCAACAUCUAUAAUGAAAAACUUGUCAGCUUUAACUAUGACAGAAUCAAGUACUGGAUGGGUUGUGGAGCUCACCCAACAAAACCAGUGGCCAAACUUUUAGGAUUGGCUGGGUUUCUCCCUCUACAUCCCAUGACAAUAACAGCAGCAGAACGGAGGCAUAAAAUGGCGGAUGUGGCAGAGGCAGUAGAGAGCACGAAUGAGGAGGAGAAGCAGACAGAACUGUAAUACCAACCCCCUCUACAAACAAGUGGUUAAACUUUGUUGCAUGAAACUGCUCACAUAGUUCAAAAAUGUAUUCCAGUGCUUUUUGUUCUGUGUGUGAAGAUCAGGUGGAUCCAGGGGAGGAAAGAGUGUGGGCGGAGGUACUGUUAAUUCUAACACAAUACCCUCUGAGUAAAGUAAAAGUACCUCUCCUAAAAACUACCUAAGCAAAAUAGUAGCCCAUUUAAAAGUACUCUGAGCGAAAAUACUUUUGCGUCACCUUUUUCUUCUUCUUCUUCUUCUUCUUCUUCUUCUUUUUUUUUUUUUAGCAAUGUAACACAUAUUCACAUAAUCCUUUCUCUUUGUUCUUCCAUUCUGACAUAACAAAAAUAAAAGGGAACAUUAAUUAGAGUAUGUUAGGUUAAAAAAGUAAUGCAGUUUUUGACUGCUACUAGAUUACUCUUACAUAAGUAGUUUUCAGGAGGGGUGCUCUUACUUUACUCAUAGUACAUUUUGUGAGAGGCGACAGUGCCUCUGCCUGUGCUCUUUCCACACACACUGAGCCGUGUGCUAACCCUCUCUUUUUUCCUUCAGCAUGUGAGGUCUGCAGUUGGAACGUGAUCUUGACUGUAAAUUUCAUUUUGCCUGAGGUCAUGAAUUUGUUGCCAUAAUAUCAGAAAAAAGAGACAAGUUUAAAUAACAAUUAUGUAUUUAUGGAGAAAUAAAAUGGGGGGAAAAAAGCAUAAUGUGGAGUGGAAUAAGGAUGGUUUGAAAAUAUUUUCUAAAUAAACUCACAUCAUUGUGUA